UCUGCUGCGCCGUGCGUGCGCACUUCUACCCUGGUUGGGGCGCUCGGGGCUCGCGGCUGCACCAUGGACAUUAACCAGCCCAAGCAGGAGCACCUGCUGGCCCUGAAAGUGAUGAGGUUAACAAAGCCUACCUUGUUCACUAAUAUUCCAGUGACUUGUGAAGAAAGAGAUUUGCCAGGUAAUCUAUUUCACCAGCUCAUGAAAGAUGAUCCUUCUACUGUAAAAGGAGCAGAAGCUUUGAUGCUAGGAGAAAUGCUGACUCUGCCUCAAAAUUUUGGAAAUAUAUUUCUGGGAGAAACAUUUUCCAGUUACAUUAGUGUACAUAAUGAUAGUAAUCAAGUUGUCAAGGACAUACUGGUGAAGGCUGAUCUUCAGACAAGUUCUCAGCGCUUGAACCUGUCAGCUUCUACUGCUGCAGUGGCAGAACUUAAACCUGACUGCUGUAUUGAUGAUGUGAUUCAUCAUGAAGUGAAGGAAAUAGGAACGCACAUCUUAGUUUGUGCAGUAAGUUAUACUACGCAAACAGGAGAGAAGAUGUACUUCAGAAAGUUCUUCAAAUUUCAGGUACUCAAACCAUUAGAUGUGAAAACCAAAUUCUACAAUGCAGAGAGUGACCUCAGUUCUGUGACAGACGAAGUGUUUCUGGAAGCUCAGAUUCAGAAUAUCACUACCUCUCCAAUGUUUAUGGAGAAGGUUUCUUUAGAGCCAUCCAUCAUGUACAACGUUGCAGAACUGAACACAGUUGACUCAGCACCGGAGAGUGAGUCAACUUUUGGAUCAAGAACUUAUUUACAACCUAUGGACACACGUCAGUAUUUAUACUGCCUGAAACCAAAGCAGGAAUUUGCAGAGAAAGCUGGAGUAAUAAAAGGUGUCACUGUGAUUGGUAAACUAGAUAUCGUAUGGAAAACAAAUCUAGGUGAGCGAGGAAGAUUGCAAACCAGCCAGCUUCAAAGAAUGGCUCCUGGUUAUGGUGAUGUAAGGCUUUCUCUGGAGACAAUACCAGACACCGUGAAUUUGGAAGAGCCUUUUGAUAUUACAUGUAAAAUAACAAAUUGCAGCAGUGAAAGGACUAUGGAUCUGGUUUUAGAAAUGUGCAAUACUAAUUCCAUCCACUGGUGUGGAGUUUCAGGAAGACAACUUGGAAAAUUACACCCAAGUUCCUCUCUCCGUCUUGCACUUACGUUAUUGUCUUCAGUGCAGGGAUUGCAAAGUGUCUCUGGCUUAAGGCUUACUGACACAUUUUUGAAGAGAACAUAUGAAUAUGAUGAUAUUGCACAAGUCUGUGUUGUUUCUUCGAAAGUCAAACAAGAAAGCUGAAGAAAAGUUUUAUUUCUGCUGUUUGUUUUUUGGACCAACUUCUUGUGUUUUUGCAGUUCAAUCAUAUUGUGUGAAGAGAAGAAAAACCCCGAUAUACCUGUAAGCACAAGUUGCUUAUUUAAUUUCUCUCAGCAUCUUUUUGAAUGUUUUAAAAUCUCCUGAAAAGAUGCAUAUGCAUCUUAAUGAAAAUAAA